AUGACCCCCUCCAUCGUGGAGGCUUUAAACAAAUUGGAUAAUAUGAACCUUGAUGUUAUACCCCUAGACAGCGAAAACAAUUCGAAUUCGAAAGAACCAUCAUUGAAGGAUCCGAAGCUUGGAAACCCCAUUGGUCAUGGUCAGAUUAUCGACAUAUGGAAAUACCUCAACAAUACUCAGAAUGGGAAAGGUAAUGCGACAAGAUUGGAGGAACUUCUCCGCGGUGCGACGGUCUACGUUCCUGCCCCGCCCCCAAAAUCAGAGCCGACCGACGAAUACAAAGCUUUAAUGGCCCGAUUGCGUUACGAGGAAGAGGAAAGGUCAUACGAGCGCAUGCUGAAGAAGGGUCCUCCCAGAGAAUCGUUCGCACGAAGAUUUCCAGAUGCCCCGAUGGCACAUUCUUUCGCCGAAGUUAAUCGACCUACCAAACCCUCAGAUAUAGGAGACGAUAUCGAACAUGGAGAUAUCCAGAAGCAAAUAACUCUGGUCAUCAACUUUCUACUUAGCAUCUUUGGUGCCGGUGCAGCGCUCUGGAUAGCCGCCAGGUGGUGGAGUAUCCCGGCGCGACUAUUCCUAAGUCUAGGAGGUAGUAUCGUUGUUGCUAUCGCAGAAGUUGCUGUCUAUUCCGCUUAUACGUGGAGAAUGGCAGAGGGUGAGAAGACCCUAAAUAGGAAGAAAGAGGUUAAAGAAAUCGUUCAGACUUGGGUUAUUGGAGAAGAUGAGAACGAUAAAAAGAAGGAUUACGAUGAGCCUUUGAUGUUAGACGAAACGGACCCUGCGACGAAUCUUCGAAGAAGGAUCAAAGGUCCUGCAUAA